AUGAUAAUAAUCAAUUGUGACAAUGAUGAUCGUCAUAAUAAUGGUAAUAGUAAUGAACGGAACAGGAUCAAGGAAGCCAGAUUUGUCAACCAUCUCACCUUUCUCAAAAGGUGCAGGGAUUCAGGGGUUAUCCCCCGCGGAUUGGUGCUCCAUGCACCUGUCCGUUCCAGACGAGCGGAGCAGGUUCUUAGACAUGCUUCUGAGAGUCUCAUCAGAGAGAGGAUCAGACACGUCCAUAACCAGCUCAGACAACUUCAACCUUGUGUUGAAACAUCGGAAGAAUACCUAAAGUCAAAGCUCUCGAGCAAUGAUUGGGGUAAAAUCGAUCGUUUCAUCAAAUCUUCCAGCCACUUUGUUUUCGAGACAACUAAGUCCAAACAAGUGAGGAAGUUUGAGAAACUGAUCCGUCCUUCCCGUUUCAACAAACACCAGCCGAGACACAACCGCCAGCCUAGACACAACUUGCAUCCUAGCAAAACUGUUGUCAACCUCAGUCAACGUCAGUUGUCUGAGAAUGAACAUCAGGUCCUCUCAUUGGGACUUAAUUUUGCUAUGGCUCCUAAGCAAGUAAACCGAAAAGAAUUCAUCCAGAAGAUUGAACCCAGCCUCAGACAUCUUACUCGGUCUCAAUCAGACACAGUGCGUAUCCAAAUCUCACAAGUACUGACUUCGGUUAACCCACCUCGGCCCAACCUCACCAAAGCCGAGAAGUCAGGCCUUGCUAGUCUCCGAGAGGAUAACUCCAUUCAUAUUCUCAAGGCAGACAAGGGUAAUGCUACUGUUGUGAUGGACAGAUUGGAUUAUGAGACCAAGGUUCAAAGACUACUGGAUUCGGGGACCUAUAGGAAACUUCCUAGAGACCCCACACCGGCCAUCGAACGUAGGGUUAAUGAUAAGCUCCUCUCUCUCCAGAGGAAGGAUGUCUUGUCUAGACCCAUUUACCGACAACUCCGGAGCUCGUCUGGUCCAUAUCCCAUAAUCUUUGGGCAACCGAAGAUUCAUAAACCAGACACUCCACUCAGACCUAGUCUACUAGAGGAUCUCCCACGUACGCACUGGCUCAGCAUUUGA